UGAGAGAUAGAAGAAGCAGACACGAAGCUCUCAAAACAAAACACACACAAAAAAUGGCGACAACACAUCUACGCAUCACGACCCCUUUCCCAUCUCAACCCUUUCUCCAAACCCUUAAGCCACACGCUUCAAAGCUCUUCACCGUCCGCGCCACCGACGUGGAAUCAACCGAAGACACUCAACCCGACUCAUCAUCAGACACAACCCAAACCGAAACUUCCGACGAGUUCGAGUCACGUCUCUCGAACAUCCGUCUCCGUUACCGAAGCGGGACUGGGAAGAAAGCAGAGGCGAGGAAGUCCAAGAAAGGCUCAGUGGGGCCCGCGUCGAAAACCUCGGGGAUUUACUUGCCGCCGGUGAGUUUAAAGGAACCUGUUUCGGGUGGGUUGAAAGUGGAGUUAGGGUUUAGUCGUUAUACUGAGAGGCUUAAUGGGAGGAUGGCUGGGUUAGGGCUUGUGGCGUUGCUUUUGGUUGAGUUGGCUACGGGGAAGAGUGUGGUGAAUUAUCAUACGCCUUCUGUUGUGUGGCUUCAGGUUUAUUUUAUGUUGGCUGUUUCUGCUAUGUUUGUUAAGAUUGAGAAGGAGAAGGUUAGUGUUUGGCCUAAGGAUUGAAAAGAAAAGGUUGGUUUUGUGAUUGAAAGUGUGUAUGGUUUUGUAACUUUUGAAGUAUUGUAUGUAAUGUAUAUUCACGGGAGCUUUAAGAUUGUUGUGGAAUACAAAGAUAUUAAAGAAUCGGAGUGUGUUUGUUGUUUUUGUUGAUGUUCUAAGUGAUGUUUUGUUCUGUUGAGUCGUGUUCAGUUGAAACUUGAGAUGAGAUGGAUGCGAAGUUGUAGUCCUGAAGUUGUGUGACAGUAAGAAUGAGUAGCUGGUUUAUGAAGUGGAUGCAGUAAAAACCAGACGAUGCCAUUGCUUCAUAUUCAAAGUUGUAGUCCUGAAGUUGUGUGCCACUAAAAGAGUCCAGGUCAACUACGAAAUGUUGUAAUCCUUAACAUAUUGUUUAGGUUUGUUUUAGUUGGCGAAUAUUACAAAUAUUGACAGACUUUCUUCAGUCUUUGAUGUUAACACAUCGACGGCUUUGAAACAUCAUCCAACAAUAUCUCUCUCAAACUAGGAAUGGUCAGCGCAAGUUCAUGACUCAUUUGCUUCUUAUGUUAAAAUGUGAUACUAUUAAGCGUUGUCUCUUUGUUUUGAAAUUGGGCCUUUAUUGGGUCGUCUUUACUUUACUUGCACUGGAUGUGAUGAUGAUAAACACAUGUACUCAGAAUACCUGUGCCUAAGAAUGAGUGCCUAGUUUUUGUAGUGGAGGCAGUUAAAAUGAAUACGAUGCCAUUGCUUUCUUUAGACCUUUUUGGACAGGCGUAAGUUUCUGCUCUGAGCCAUCAAAUUAUCGGCAUGUGGAAACAUUCAUUGGCUCCAUUCUCCAGUGUAUGAGUUUCUUGGACUUCCUUGAAACUUACAGAACUAACUCUCUGGA